CUCUGUCUCGUCCCACUCCCACUCUGUCAGAGCGCGGCGUUGACAGCCACUGGCCACUGAUCAGCCCACUUUGUCGGGGUUUGUGUCUCCAUGCAAGACUGCUGAAAAAGAAGCUCUGACUCUCGCAUUUUCUUUUAUUCGCAAAGGCAAGCAUACGUGACAAACAACAAGUCCGUCCCCGGCAACAAAAGCGCACAAAAGGUGUAAAAAAAAAAGAAAAGAAAAAAAAGGAGCCUUUAAGUCAUUUUCUAGACUCAUCACUGUCUCACAGCUCCCUGCACAAUGUCUGGAGAGGACGCACCUGCCGAGCAGCAAAACGCCGUGGACCAGAAGCAGGAGACCAAAGCUUCCGAGGAACCCAAAGCCGAGCCGCCCAAGACGGAGCCCGCACCCGCCGCCGCCGCCGCCGCCGAGGCGACGGCUACCCCCGCGGCGGCCACCGAGAAGGUCCCCGAGGAGGAGACGUUCACCUAUCGCGCCCUGGUGCUCACCGGCUACGGGGGGUAUGAUAAAGUCAAGCUGCAGGUGAAGAAGGGCAAGCCGGCGCUCAAGGCUGGCGAGGUCCUGGUUCGGGUCAAGGCUUGCGGGCUCAACUUCGCAGACCUGAUGGCUCGGCAGGGGCUUUACGACCGGCUGCCGUCCCCGCCGGUCACCCCGGGAAUGGAGUGCUCUGGGGUGGUGGAGGCUGUGGGGGAAGAAGUGACGGACCGAAAAGUUGGCGAUAAGGUGAUGGUGUUGAACCGCUUUGGACUGUGGCAGGAGGUGGCGGUGGUGCCGUCAACCCACACCUUCCUCAUCCCAGAGGGCAUGAGCUUUGAGGAGGCAGCGGCCCUCCCUGUGAACUACAUCACUGCCUACAUGAUGCUGUUUGACUUUGGCAACCUGCGGCCCAACCAGAGCGUCCUCAUCCACGCCGCUGCAGGUGGUGUGGGUAUUGCAGCCACUCAGCUGUGCAAGACAGUGAAGGACGUGACUGUGUUCGGCACGGCAUCCGCCAGUAAGCACGAGACCAUCAGCGAGGGUGGCGUCACGCAUCCCAUUGACUAUCGCACCAAGGACUAUGUAGAAGAAGUCCGCAAGAUCAGUCCGAAAGGGAUGGACAUAAUACUGGACCCUCUCGGAGGAUCAGACACCCAUAAGGCCUACAACCUUCUGAAGCCUAUGGGGAAACUUAUCACCUAUGGUACAUCUAACAUGCUCGCCGGCCAGAAGAAGAACCUGCUCGCUGUGGCCAAGAACUGGUACCAUCAGUUCUCCAUCCACACGCUCAGCCUGAUCCAGGGGAACAAGUCGGUGUGCGGCUUCCAUCUGGGCUACCUGGACGGGGAGAUGGAGCUCAUCACCGAGGCCAUGAACACCAUCCUGGAUCUCUACAAGCAGGGCAAGGUCAAGCCCCGCAUCGACUCCACUUGGCAUCUUGAGCAGGUGGGCGAUGCCAUGAGAAAGAUGCAGGAGAGGAACAACAUCGGCAAAGUGAUCCUCAACACAGAGCCGAUGCCCGAGGAGGAGAAAAAGGAGGAGUCCAAGAAGGAGGACAAGAAGAAGGAGGACAAGAAGAAGGAUGACAAGAAGAAGGACGAUGGCAAGAAGGAGGAGAAGAAGGACGACAAGAAGAAAGAGGAGCCCAAGAAGGAGGAGGAGAAGAAGGAAGAGCCCAACAAGGAGGAGAAGUGAGAGGGAGGAACAGAUAGUCAAGCAGAGCAGCAGGGAGUUUGUGUCCUGGGAGCUGGGGGGUGGGGCGGGGGGUGGGGGGGAUGGGGAUGAAGAAGGAGAUGGAUGGGGUGGGAAGGUGGGGUGGAGUGUAAGGAUUGGAAGGAGUUAGAAGGGUAGAUUACAAAAUGAUUACACCAGUGUCAGUCAUUCAUCUCGUCCACCUCCCCUCCGCCUCACCCUCUCGACUCCACAGUGGCAGUAAUUACUCAGGCCUGGCUCCACCCACCCCCUUCCCAUCCUGUAUUCUUGCAUUUAUCUCUUAAAAAAAAAAAAAAAAAAUGUCCAAUCACUUGUAACACCUUGUAAGCACCGAAACCUACUUCUCUGCCUCACAAGAUUGAGAAGGCAGCCACAACACUCGAAAGAUGUUUCCCAUCUGGAAUGACAAGAGACAAGAGCCGUGGGGGAUUGUGGGUACGGUCCAGGCCUGGGGCAAAUUACUGUUUCCUUGACAACCAUAAUCCCUGCUCGCACUCCGGCCCCACCCUCGACCCCCAAGCCCCUCCGCACCUCAACUCCCACCGUGCUAAAUUGUUCUGCUCUGACUUCCACCUGCCACCUCCUCUUCCCCCCCUCACUGUGCUGAGUCCCCCCCACCCCCUAUCCCCCGAGUCCCACACACAACCACCACCACAACCACCGCCCCCAACCCAUCCACGGGCGGACCCACAGACAGGCACAGAGGCAGGCAGAUAAAUGGAGAACCAAACCACCCACACGUUGCUCUUCUAGUGUCCAAUGUUUAGUUAUGUCACAUGAGGAUGAGUCAGAGAUGCCUGUGAUUGGCUGAUGCACCCCAGCUCCCCUGGAGAUAUUUGCAUCGUGGUUUUGAUCAUAAUGUUUGAUUGCUCAGACAAUGGUGUUAGUGCUAGAAGGCUUAACAUUGGUUAUCAUAUAUAUAUAUCUGGCCUUAGCUUCGAUAUUCCUUUUUCUCCAUGAGUGUAGAAUGAGAUCGCACCAUAAUGCAUGGGUUCCAGUCCAAUUUCAGUGAAGUUAAUGUAGUGACUACAGUUUUGUACUUGCCUGAAUAUGAAUUUUCCUCAUAAUGAGCCGUUCUGUGCCGUGUUGAAUAGGGAGGCAGAAAUCAUUGCUCAGCUUCCUUCUCCUUAGUUACAGAUUCUUCUAGCUGACCAACUGUUGGCAAGAAGUUCGCAGUGCCAAUUAAGAGAGAAUUUGUUUCUGUUUAAACAAGCCACAAAUACACACACAUACACACACAUACACACUCUGAAUGUGAUGAAAGAGGCACUUUCAUGCUGAGACAGUGAAGCGUCUGAAAUGAGCAAGUUAAGAAGGUGACUAUCAGUCCUUUUUCUUCCUCCCUGAUCCUCCUCCAGGCAUUCCAUGGCAUUCUGCUGCUUUCACAGCGACCGCUCGCCUGUCGAUCACCCUGACCUGUGAGAGGAGAAUUCAAUUUAAGUUAGCGUCCAUACUUUGCCCCCCCCCCCCUGCUUGUCUCUACACUCUGCUCUCCCUCUUUCCAUUUCCCUUUUUAUGGUCGGCAUAGCAACAGGCGUCAGGCUCGUCAGAGGAGGCACUGUGGUCUGUUUCUCUGACUCCCUCUUCCUGUGUCUCUCUUUUCUGCCUCCCUAAGUCUAUAUUUGCCAACAAUUGGUGCUAUUGACCAGUAUUCCAACAGGUGUGAAAUGUAUUAAGGAUUUCAGAUGAUAAAGAUGAAGAGGUGGAGCCAUUUUCAAGGUUGUUAGUAUUGUACUCCCAAACAGUUUAAACCAGUGAAAUUUAAACCGAGUAUUGACCCUGUAUGCAAUUAGCAGUGCGCUGGCAAAAACAGGGCACCGCUCCCCCUAAUGGCCAUUAUGAAUUUUGUCUAACUGGUGUAAUGUCAUUGGACUAAAUCCUUAGUAUAAAUCCCACUGGGUGGACUCUAAAUCUUUCAUGUAGGACGACAUCAACUAUGAAACUUUUAUCUACCUGGCUGCCUGCCUACCUGUCUGUCUGUGAGUCCGGCCUCAGCGUUGAGACUCAGAUGGUGACUAGUGACUUUGUAAAAAACACAAAACAAAAUGUUUGGAGAAAAAAAAAAAUGAAAAAAAAGUUGUUGUGUUAGCAUGAGUGGCCUCCCUCAUGUGCUGUGUGUGGUGUGCCAUUGUGUGUGAAGAUGUGUGUGCGUGUGUGUCCUCAGGUCAUUUGUCAGGUUUUAAAAGCACCCACCCAACCCAUGCCACAUUUCCCCCCCCCCCCCUCUCACACUACCCUGCUACAGUAUAAUGUAGCUACAACCCUCCCCUCUUACUCUGUCUCUCCCUCCUGUCUGAUAAGAGGCCUGUGUAAUGAGGACAGUUGGUAUUAGUAUUUUUGCACUCUGCUCGCUGAUCUUAUUGCACUUACAGGCAUGGCAGUCGCACUCUAGUCCCCCGCAGGCUUUGAUUCUGCUCCAGGUUUGCAGUCUGUUUCCCAUCAUCCACUCCCGGUGUAUCUGCUGAAGCUCACUGAAAGCACAGGUGGCACACACACGCACGCACGCAGGCACGUACACACACACACACACACACACACACUCACUCAUGUAAAGUUCCCCUCAUUUUCAGCUUGCCAGUCCCUGCCCGGGCCAACUUCUCCUGGGUGGCAGCGAAAAUCAAAGCAUUCAUCCAUCCUUUACUGUGUGAAGUAAAAUGUGGAGCAGGGCGGAGUGAACGGGGCUGGAGUGCGACCGCUACGCUGGUGUGGGGAGUGACUGUGUCCUGUCAGCCUCUGGUUAGUGUUCUGUUCUAAUCUGCUGGGCUCCCUUUGUGAACCUGUGGACGGUGCUUCUGUUCCGAGUGCCAUGUGAGAAACAAGCGCUUCAGUAAAAACAAAACAACAAAAAAAAGAGGAUGUUUUACUUAAUAUGUUAUUUUAAUUUACCUUUAUAUUUCCGUUUGUUUGUCUGUUUUGUUAUCCAAGGGUUUAAAGUUCAAAGUUCAUACUCUUGUGGGGACCUGCCAACCUGCACUCCUUUUAAAUGUGAUGAAGUCUUUCUGUUGGUCCGAACCAUGUGUGCCAAAUUGUAUGUAUAUUCCUCUGUCAAUGCUUUGAAUAUUAACAGUGCAUAAAAAAAAAUAUGAACACAAUUCUGUUUUUUGGAUGCAUUUCCAUCAAUCUUGAAGAAUAGUGAAAAUAAGAGUUUUCAUAGUGUGUCAGAUUUGUAUCCCAAAAAGCUUAUGGGUGCUGACAAAAUUUUUGCUGCAGUUUACAAAAGGUUUAACACAAUUUGUAGUUUUUGAUUGGUUGCAGUCUUUCUCAAGCGUAGGCCUGCACUGUGCCUCUCUCCUUGCACACAGCUUACCUCAAUCCGAGGCACCUCCCUCCGUAUUCAUACCCUUCUCACUGUGUUUUACCAGCUUUCACAUCAUGUUGACCACAACAGGUUGAAAUGUUUACAACCAUACUAUUAGAAUCGCAGUGAAAAGGGACUGGACAUGGUGCAUUUAAGGUUCAAUACUCCACCAAAAGACAUAGAUUCACAGAAAUCUGCAAAUGUCCUCCAAAUCCAUAACUCCACUGUAUUCCUCUCAAUGGACUUCUAUUCCUUUCAGUUUAUUUCCAAAUGGCUUGUAUAGCAAGUGAUGGAGCAGAUGUUUUCACACAGCUGUGCAGGGAUGCCAAUACUGCAACACAGCUGCACAAAACCCCAGCUUAUUGGCUGAUCAUAGCACAGCUCUGGCCUGCCCCAGACACAACAUUUCCGCUUUACUGCUGAUCUCAGUUCACUCAAGGAUUAUUAGAGACGUUCCUCUUUUCCUGUGCUGCAUCCGCAGAGCCUCUUGGCCGGUGCAACAGUGGCGACCCCGAAUUCCGCCCCAUAUCGCCCCCCCCUUCUCUCUCCAUACACAUUUAUAGCAAAUAAAACAUUAGUUUGACAUCUGGAAUUUGAAAUCGCAUGCAGUUAUUGGCAUGUGGAAAACCGCUUAUAAUCUCUUUCUUUCACAUUUUCCCCUUGGUUCUUUUGAGCUAAAAUGCCUUUGAGAUGAACUCAAUCAGUUGGGCAGUUGGCUUGCUGCCUGAGCACACUUCCACCAUGGUGAAGCUGCAGUGUAAUGUCAUCUUGAAACGGUUUCCCAGUCAUUCCAGACACGUAUGCAAGAGUACUUAGCAACUCAGAGAUGCACAGGAGAAAAACAGUGUUUCAAAGUAAAAAAAAAAUAAACAAAAUGGUAAUUUUCUGAGCAGUUUUAGAUUUGAUAUUACUAAUUAACACUUGUAGUUUUAGGUUUGAAAAAUGCACUAAGACAAUGAGCAUAGUAUUUCCAAUAGCUACUCUUCUGUCUGUCUUGGCUUGUAAAGCUGAAGUCUCUCACAGGCACCCGCCGUUCAGCUUUGAGGUGAAUUUCUUUGUUUUAUAUGGUUUCUCAGGUCAUUCCAAACAGCCGUUUACUUCAUGUAAGAAGCCGACCUAAUUUUGCGUUUCCUAAAACACUCAACAUCAGUCUGUUUCACCAAACUCACUGCACAAACCAUCUGUCACGCCAUCCAUGUUCAAUGUAAGCUUUAGUAUUCCGAGUCAAAAAGGUGAUGCUCUGUCAGUGGGUCAUUUCCAAAUUCAGAGCAACUCUGUUCACUCAUCCACACAUUGCCUGCAGCUAUUGUUUCCUUAGCACUCAUUUUUACAUCACAGCAACAUUGCAGAUGCUUUGGAAGUACAACCUGGCUGGGUUUGUCAUGUACAGUACUAAGAUGCAUGUUUAUUCAAGAGAAAAUAAGGCAUGUGUUUGUGUACAGCUCACCUUCUUUUUCCACGAUGGUUUAGUCGUCGUGUAGUGGCGUGGUGUGAAAAAGGAGAAUACUCUUCCAGUUGUAUCACGUUGCCAACCGAAGCCAAUCCACUGCCCCGACUCCCUGUCCUCACCCUCAGCAUGGGCACUGUCAUGGCCAACCGGUUCAUUCACGAGAGACCUUAACCUAUCUCUGGGAAUGUUUCAGAAACUCACUUCACACCAUCCUACUACACACCACCUGUUAGAAUUCAGUCACCAAUGGCCAUUUUCUACAAGGCAUACCCAACAGGUUGAUUUUUAAGCUAGUUCUCCUCUACUCUGUCCUUCCUUGUGUUGUUGUUUUUUUCCUGGUUGCAAACACUCUUCUCGACUUUGUUUUUUAAACCCUUUGAAUCGAUGCUGCUUCUGUGCUUGACUAUGGGUUUACCGCGUGGUGCCAUGUUGUCCACAUGGCCUCUAGAGCUUGUAACGCUUCAGUGUGUAAUGUUACCAUAUGCCUUACAUGUUUUCCAGGACUAAUAAAAAAAAGCGUAACAAAAAGUCA